UGAAGGGCAUGACUGAAUGGCUACCAAAAUGGAAGAGCAAUAACUGGCGCACGGCUAAAGGUACUACACCGGCAAAUCUAGAUCUGUUCCUCGCUCUCGAUAGCGUGGUGACGACGCUCGAGUCGGAGAAUUUGACGAUUGGGUUCUGGUAUAUUCCAAGGGAGCAUAACAAAAUUGCUGAUCGUCUUGCGAAAGCGGCUGCCAGCUUCGACUUGCAUUCUCCCAGCCCACUAGUUCAGCCCGCUCGACAGCGUCACAUGAUGUCGGCGGCAGCUCCCGAUGAUCCACGUAUCCUGCUGGUAUCUCUUGAUACCGCUUCUCCAUUUGAUCAGCUCUACCAGGGACUUUUGGGGAAGCUGAACACCGUGGCCGCUCUCGACCGUGCCACAAAACCGGAGUCGGUACUACAAGGACUAGCAGAUCAGCCUCCACAGGCGGUUCUAGUCACCGACAGUGGCAUCGUACAGCAUCGUGCUGUUUACGCGAAGCUUCUUGACUAUGUCCGCGGUGGUGGUAGACUCGUUUUUAUGGGCAACUUCAGCACAAUGACUACAACCAAAGAUAUAGAUAGGCUUUUCCAAGAAGCGGGUUUGCCAUGGACGCACGGAGCGUACCAGCGCACCACUGUUCAUCGUAAUGAUACCGAAGAUACAUCAUCACAUACAUCCCUACCCCCUAGCUACAGCCAGAAAGCCGUCUUCCUCGCAGGUGUACCUGACAAGGAUGCAUGGUACCUACCAAAAGACUCCUCACAUACUGAGUCUCAUGUCUUCUAUCCUGUACCGAUUACAGACCAAGAGCAAACUCCUAUUGCUCUUACUAACAUAGGGAAGGGCAAGCUCGGAUAUGUAGGUGACGUAAAUGGCGAAGAAGGUUCAGACGCAGUUGUACUAGCUAUGUGCGGAUUGCGUGAUAACGCAUAACUAGUGAAGCCUUAGGUUCUAUAGUUUAGCAAGUGAAUAGGAAGUAGACGUUAAUUGUAAAAGAAAUAACAAACAAGAGA